AUGGACCCAAUUUGCAAAUAUUUUAAAAGGAGAAGAGCUAGUAUUGAGUCUAUUGAAUUUUAUAAUAGCCCAAGAAUAAAAUAUGAUAAUGCUCCUAAUACCAAAAGCCCGUUAUUUAAGUCAAGUCGUAGACAAGAAAUAGAGACUGAGAUGAGAAGAAAUUGAUCAUCCUACGAAAUAAAAUCAAAAAAUAUACCUAAUCUUUCGCGGCGUUAUAGAGAAAAAAGAUGAAAAUCACCUUUUUUAGAAGCAGCAAAAAUUGUAAAAAGUCCUUCAGCUCCUUUUUUGUCUCGGUUUUUCAAAAUUUCUGGAAAAAAUCUGAAAGCAAAGCCGAUUCCUUUAGCUAUUUAUAGUUCUGCAAGGAUAGCUAAAGGGAGGCAUUCCUGCAACUCUCAAUCAACAAUGCAAACUCAAACAAUGAUAUAA